GUUGUAUUUGAUUCAACUUUAUGAUGAAAAAGAUAGGCUAGAAAGAGAUGUGGGACUUUCUUGGUGCUGCGGAGAUCACGGAAUAGUUACUAAUAGUACUGUUCUAUUCUUUUGGCAUGGUGGGGUUGGAAUUUACUAUACUGAUCAUGAAUUUCGAUUCAAG